GCUGUCAAAUUCCGACAACUCGUCAAGGUUUGUUAUUUUUGUUGCUGUUGGCCUUGAACAGAUCAUACUCGCGAAUAAAGACACAAUACCAAAUAUACUCAACGUUACGCAAAUUUAACUUGUGCGAUUUUUGCACCGUGCUAGCCGCAGGUGGCAGCUGCGGAGAUACUCGCUUUGGGUACGUUCACGUGCUUCCGUGUUUUCCGUGAUUCGAAAUGUCCGUGAAAGUGGUAGCGAACGCUAAGCAUGUGUUCCUCUCGAGAAACCUGGCGCAAUACCAGCGAAACCCUCUGCUCUACUCAACAUACAGAGGAAUUUUCGAUUUCACUCCAAUAACGAAAACACGACGUGAAUUUACCCAGAAAAAGCUGGUCGGAUAUUCAAUGCAACAGCUGUACUCCGUAGUUGCCGAUGUGGAAAAAUACAACACUUUUGUGCCAUUUUGUAAGAAAUCUUUCGUGUACGACCGGAAACCGGGCUCCUUAAAAGCGGACCUCAUUAUCGGAUUCCCACCGCUGAACGAAAGCUACACCUCGAACGUUACCCUCAUUACACCUUCCCUCGUGCGGGCGGAAUGUGUUGAUGGCCGCUUGUUCAACUACCUGUUGACGGCGUGGCAGUUUAGCCCGGGGCUGAAGGACAUACCGCAAUCGUGCGUCAUCGAUUUCAUGGUAUCGUUUGAGUUUAAAUCCCUGCUACACUCGCAGCUUUCGAAUCUGUUUUUCGAUCAGCUCGUAAAGCAGAUGGAAUAUGCCUUCAUACAGGAGGCGGAGCAGCGAUACGGUCCACCGGCAAUCAAGAGCCAUGUGCUGGUAUCGAACAAAUCGUGACCCAGGCUCCCGGACAAGAAUGGUAACGGGUAGGAAAAAUGUUAGUUAGCGAAAUUAUGUUCCAAUUCUCCAUAGCCGGGUGGUAGGUGGGUGCACCUAUGGACAGUAUUGUUCUAUCCUGUGUCGCCCAUUCCUUCUUGAUAACGACGCUGUUACAUAUACAUAUAUUUUUCUGUUGUUUUCCAUUGCAAUAAUAGCUUAAUUCCGAUAUCGAGCGAACAGAUCAGACAAUCGAACUGUAUUAAUCUGAUACCUUUCGAAUCAUCACCAUAGACAAAGCAUUUUUGAUAUUAAUCUUGCUCCUUUUGUUCGGCAGAGCACAAGACACAUGUGAAGUGUAAAUAUUCACCCAACUCCCCAUACGAAUUAUCUAUUUAUUUUGACGCCAAACGAUUCGAGCCGUGAAAGUGAAAGUGAAGAGCGAAAUGAGACGUGUCAGUUGUUGUAAUUGAUUUUGUGUAGAUAUUAUUUAAGAGCAAGUGAUAUGAAAAAACGCGCUUCAAGAUUAAAGAUCAACAA